CACUUGCAGUCUUAAAUUUUCUUGCUGGAUUUAGCUCAGGAGAAAUUGGAUUUGUUCUUGCAAUGCAUUUUUUCAGUCAACUGCUUAAUUAGGACCUUUGAUUGAUGCGGUUAUGACUGAGCCCCUCACCAAGAUGGUUUUGGAUAAAAGAGCUCUUACCACUCUUGUUGCUAUUGUAAUCUACUUGGUCUUGAGUUUCUCCCUUUGCUGUGCUCUUCAAGGCGACAUUGACUGUCUGAAAUCUAUAAAAUAUUCAUUAGAAGAUCCAUUGAAUUACUUGAACUCUACAUGGAAUUUCGAUAAUCAGACCGAAGGUUUCAUCUGCAAAUUUACUGGGAUUCAGUGCUGGCAUAUUGAUGAAAACAGGGUUCUGAGUAUCAGUCUUCCUGACAUGGGUCUAAGGGGAAAUUUUCCACGUGGUCUUAAGAAUUGCUCCUCUAUUACAUCAUUAGAUCUUUCGAGCAACAAGCUCAAUGGAAGUAUUCCAACUGAUAUCUCCAAAAUUAUAGGUUUUGUGGUAAACCUAGAUCUCUCAUCCAACCAUCUAUCAGGGGAAAUUCCAGUGGAUCUUGCAAACUGCUCUUUUUUGAAUAACAUUAAACUUGAAAACAACCGGCUUACAGGUCCAAUUCCUCCACAAUUUGGCCUGCUUGGUCGGCUCAAGACUUUUAAUUUAGCGAACAAUCAAUUGACUGGGCCAGUUCCAAAUUUCAUAAAUGUAACUAUUCCUGCUGAGAGCUAUGCCAAUAAUCCUGGACUCUGUGGGGGACCGUUAUCUCCUUGCCGGGGUCCUCCUAAGAAUCCCCGUAUUGGAAUCAUUGUCGGUGCAGCAGUUGGUGGGGUCACUUUAGGUGCUGUAUUGUUGACUUUCGGUAUGAUCUUCUAUUUGAGAAAGAUAUCCAGGAAAAGGAAAAAGGAUGACGAUCCUGAAGGGAAUAAAUGGGCUAAGAGUAUUAAGGGUUCCAAGGCAAUCCAGCUUUCAAUGUUUGAGAAGUCUACUUCAAAAAUGAGAUUAAGUGAUCUCAUGAAGGCCACCAACAACUUCAGCAAAAACAAUAUUAUUGGGUCAGGAAGAACGGGGACUUUUUACAGAGCAGUACUUGAUGAUGGCACUUCACUUAUGGUUAAGAGGCUGCAGAAUACUCAACACUCGGAGAAAGAGUUUAUGUCUGAGAUGGCUACUUUGGGAAAUGUAAAGCACCGUAACCUGGUUCCUCUUUUAGGUUUCUGCAUGGCAAAAAAAGAAAGGCUGUUGGUCUACAAAGACAUGCCAAAUGGGACCUUGCAUGAUAAGUUACAUUCACUGAGUGAGGGGGAAAAAACUCUAGAUUGGCCUAUGAGACUCAAAAUCGGCAUUGGAGCAGCCAAAGGAUUUGCAUGGCUUCACCACACCUGCAAUCCUCGUAUCAUUCACAGAAAUAUUAGUUCGAAAUGCAUCUUGUUGGACGUGGAAUAUGAACCGAAAAUAUCAGAUUUCGGACUUGCUAGGCUCAUGAAUCCAAUCGACACUCAUUUGAGUACCUUUGUCAACGGAGAAUUCGGGGACUUCGGUUAUGUUGCUCCCGAGUACGCACGAACUCUCAUGGCUACACCAAAAGGUGAUGUGUUCAGUUUUGGUGUUGUACUGCUCGAGUUAGUAACCGGAGAGUUACCGACUUCUGUGACCAAUGCUCCUGAGACCUUUAAGGGGAAUUUGGUGGAAUGGAUCUCACAACUCUCUGGUGAAUCUAAGCUUCAAGACGCAAUCGACCAGUCAUUGUUGAGUAAAGGUCAUGACAGUGAGAUUUUCCAGGUCCUUAAAGUUGCUAGCCGAUGUGUGUUGUCUGCUGUUCCUAAGGAGAGGCCGACAAUGUUUGAAGUGUACCAGCUUUUGAGAGCUAUCGGAGAGCGAUAUCAUUUCACAACUGAUGAUGACAUUUUGAUGAUGCCUACAGAGAGUGAUAGCGGAUUUCAAAUGGACGACCUCAUUGUUGCUCAAUAAGUAAAAGAGGCUCGUCGAUAAUGGUUGAGCAAGUAAGAUACAGUAUUUAAUAGAAUCAUAGUCCUUUGAAAUUGUAGGUUGUUGUCUGUUAUGCAUAAUCUUUUCUAUCAUGUACAAAUACCACGUUCUCUAUCUAUAUAUCAUUCUGUAAGUCCCUUCUUCUUAGCUACCCAACUAUGUAAUUUGUGCUUUUUUUUUUUUCCCUCUGUAUUUUUAAUGGUUAAGAGAUU